AUGAAAUACCCGCACUUAUAUCCUGGGUUCUGUAUAAAGAACGACAAUUUAUAUAGGCAUGUGCACCACAGUCUAAAUUACUCUGAGCGAAGUGACGCAUGGAAACUGUGUGUGCCCGAAAGCAAGAGAACCCAGGUGAUAAAGGAAAAUCACGAUGAACCAACCGCUGGUCACUUAGGUGUGACCAAGACGAUUACACGAAUAGCGCGAAACUACUAUUGGCCUCGAAUGCACCAGGACAUAGCUCGUUAUGUCAGAAAUUGCAAGAAUUGUCAAGAAUUUAAACCACAACAUCAUCCGACACCGGGUAAAAUGGGUACGGUAAAUGCGACUCGACCAUGGGAGGUCGUGUCCAUCGAUUUAAUAGGUCCCAAACCACGGUCGUCGAAUGGGAUAUGCUAUGUAUUGGUAAUACAAGACAAAUUCACUAAAUGGGUUGAGAUCCAACCCCUACGACAGGCUAAAGCUGAAGCGAUCGUACGAAUAUUAAAAGAGAGAGUACUCCUUCGAUUUGGAAGUGUACGCGUGGUAAUCUCUGAUAAUGGUAGUCAGUUUAUAAGCAAAGAGUUUACCUCGUUAUUAAAAGAAUACGGAAUCGAACAUAUGAGAACCCCUCCGUAUUCCCCACAAUGUAACCCGGUCGAGCGGAUGAAUAAAGUCAUCGGUACGAUGAUAGCCCAAUUCAUUAAAAAAUCGCAAAGGUCAUGGGAUAAGUACUUACCCGAAUUAAAUUUUGCUAUUAACACAUCAAAACACGAAUCGACCCAAUUCACUCCUGCUUAUUUAAACUAUGGUCGAGAGAUACUUCCUCCAAACACCCUGCGCGCGACUUGCGAAGGUGGUCAAGUAGUCGAGGAUUAUAAUCACUUAGAUAGUUUACAAAUUUUAAAGGAAGCAAUGGAUCUGGUUCGUCUCAAUUUAGCUAAGGCUUUUACUAAACAGAGUCAGCAUUAUAAUGAUAGACACAUUGAUUGGUAUCCCAAAAUUGGCGACUUAGUGGCUCGGCGUGAGCACCACUUAUCGUCAGCCAUAGAUCACUUUUCGGGUAAACUCGCUGAGAAAUAUUCCGGUGGGUAUACGGUAACAAAGCUCAUUAGUCCAAAUGUUUUUGAGUACUACAAGCAGUCAAUGAAGGAGGAAAGUUUUGAAGACGUCAUCAAUAGCUUGCAGACGGUACUAGGGGUAGAGGGAAAAAUGAACGUUGAACAGCUGACAGGAAAAGUCCAAGCGAGGAUUAAGGCCUCGAAAGCUAAAAGAAGAGUUAGAGUCAAAAGCAAAGAGAAGAAGAAAGAGAAAGAAAUAGAGGAGGGUCCAGCAAAGACACCGACAACUCCCGAGGAAAGAUUGGCCCUCAUCCGAGAACGGGCAAUAAAGAGGAAGCGUCUCGAGGACACCCUCAACAUGGAUCUCGAUGACGUGGUUGUUCCGCCGAAAAAACCGGCUCCCGCAAGCAAGAAAUCAGCAGUGCCACCAACUAUUGAUCAUCAUCAUCGAGGAGGUUGGCAAGCGGAGCAACCGACCGUUAAACCUAAAUCCAGGAGACCAGCUGUUUUUUUAAAACAGUCAGCACCAGCUUCAGGUAGGACUACGAAGGUCUUGGACAUCCCAAUAGCGCCAAGGGAAGUACGACGUUUAGCAAUUCGAUCAGUCAAGGAGCAAGUGAAAACCAAAAUCACGAUGAUCGUUCCCGCUACUUCGACAUCCGAAGAAAUUGCACCAGAGCCAGUCCAAGUCCCGCCUUCACAUCCAAUUAAGACUCCGCAGCAAUCCACGAGUCAGCCCAGUACGUCAACUCUUGAGUACAUACCUACUCCAAUUCAGCAACUCCAGUCGGCUCCACCAAAUCCAAGACCCGAAGUUCCAUUGGGUCCAACCCUGACCCUACGACCAAGACAGCACUACAAAAAGUGUAAAAAGAAGAGAUAUUUAGAGCAAGGAGAAGACGGAAAGAUGUACCAGGUCGAGGAAAGAGGAGGCCGAGUGAUCCGUACUGAGACCUCGAAGAAAAUACCAUCAGUAAUCAAACUCAUGGAGGUUGAUCAGAUACCCACGUCUACCACUUAG